GACAACAGGGAUCGCAAGCGACGAGAAAAAAUAGACCUGCUGUGCAAGAAGUGAUGUGGCUUACAGGAAAACCAUGAAAAGAUCCGUUGUUAAUUGUUUUGUACAUACAUUGUGUUUAGUUUUAGUAUUAUCAGUUCUCGAAACAGCCAGCAGAGAAUGCGGCGAUCCACAGUGCGAAAGUGUAAUAGCAAGAGGGAAAGCUGUGCUCCGAUUUCGUGGCGGCGGAGCACGGAAAGUGAACCUGGACCAGAAUGAGCCCGUUGAAAUAUUAGCAAAGAAUAUCGGAAAAGAACAGGAGUAUCUGGUAAGAAAGGCCACGGGCAAGACGGGCCUAGCAUCAAAGUCGUUCAUUCGAGAGUACAACAUCGUGAUAAAAUCGAACGACCUGGUUACGAUUAGCGACGACGAUCCGGCGCCAGACCCGAUAGAUAUCAAACCAACGCAACCUGUUAUCUUGCAAGAAAAUGUGGUACAAACGACUGUUGUUGAGGGUACCGUGCUAACGAAUGAUGUUCUUUCGGAUUCCUCGUCGGUUGAAUUUGCCGCCGUCGAUGAGGCGUCUAGCGUGAAAGCCACUCCUACAUUGGAAGUGAUUCCGAGCACACAGAUAGUGGAAAACAAUCUACAGAAUGAUGCAGGAGUCGGGAAAGAUGAGCCAGUUGUAGAAAUUGAAGAUGAGUCUGAAGAUCUGGCUGAAGUUGAUGAUGCUGAAGAAGGUGAUGAAGAAGAGGAUGAGGAGGAGGAGGAGGAUGAAGAUGCCAGUGAAGAAGUCGAAGAUGAAGCAUCGGAGCCAACUGUCGAGGCAGUGAAAGAGGAGGAUGAUAACGCUGAAACAAUUACGGUUUCUGGUGACGAUGCAAAAUCUCAACCUGAAGCUACAACGGAAAAGGUGCUACCGAACGAUGAGAACGUCGGCGGUGCUCAACCUGUAACAGAGGAGGUUCAAUCUGAUCCACCUGUAAGUACCUGCUGUGCAAGAAGUGAUGUGGCUUACAGGAAAACCAUGAAAAGAUCCGUUGUUAAUUGUUUUGUACAUACAUUGUGUUUAGUUUUAGUAUUAUCAGUUCUCGAAACAGCCAGCAGAGAAUGCGGCGAUCCACAGUGCGAAAGUGUAAUAGCAAGAGGGAAAGCUGUGCUCCGAUUUCGUGGCGGCGGAGCACGGAAAGUGAACCUGGACCAGAAUGAGCCCGUUGAAAUAUUAGCAAAGAAUAUCGGAAAAGAACAGGAGUAUCUGGUAAGAAAGGCCACGGGCAAGACGGGCCUAGCAUCAAAGUCGUUCAUUCGAGAGUACAACAUCGUGAUAAAAUCGAACGACCUGGUUACGAUUAGCGACGACGAUCCGGCGCCAGACCCGAUAGAUAUCAAACCAACGCAACCUGUUAUCUUGCAAGAAAAUGUGGUACAAACGACUGUUGUUGAGGGUACCGUGCUAACGAAUGAUGUUCUUUCGGAUUCCUCGUCGGUUGAAUUUGCCGCCGUCGAUGAGGCGUCUAGCGUGAAAGCCACUCCUACAUUGGAAGUGAUUCCGAGCACACAGAUAGUGGAAAACAAUCUACAGAAUGAUGCAGGAGUCGGGAAAGAUGAGCCAGUUGUAGAAAUUGAAGAUGAGUCUGAAGAUCUGGCUGAAGUUGAUGAUGCUGAAGAAGGUGAUGAAGAAGAGGAUGAGGAGGAGGAGGAGGAUGAAGAUGCCAGUGAAGAAGUCGAAGAUGAAGCAUCGGAGCCAACUGUCGAGGCAGUGAAAGAGGAGGAUGAUAACGCUGAAACAAUUACGGUUUCUGGUGACGAUGCAAAAUCUCAACCUGAAGCUACAACGGAAAAGGUGCUACCGAACGAUGAGAACGUCGGCGGUGCUCAACCUGUAACAGAGGAGGUUCAAUCUGAUCCACCUGUAAGUUCUGAGGAUACAGGUGCAUCGUUACCAGCAAAUGGUCAAAGUAACGAGCCCUUGGCAAACGAUGGAUUAGCUAUGGAACAACCAUCGAGUGCUAAUGGUUCUGUUGAUAAUGGCACAGAAAAUAGUCCUCCUACCACAACGGAAAAGGCUACGUACAGUGAAGAUACAUCAACAGAAGCUGAAGAAACUAAUAAUGGUGCAAACAUAGCCGAGCAUCCAGUGACGUUACAGCAAGAAUAUCCGGCCGAUUUAACGACUGAAAAUCCAUCCGCUUCAGAAACAGUUUUAUCAAGCGAUGCGGUCCCACAACAUACGACUGCGCUGCCAGAAGUCCAAGACUAUCCCACAACGGAGUCUGCCGGGAUGAUGGAUGAAGUAACGACACCUUUAAGCAUGGUUGAAUUAACUGAAACUGAAGUACCUGUUACAAUAUUGCCCCACGAAGAAGUUGUUACGGCUGACGCUGUGCCUGUUGCGGUAGAACCGGCGCCUGUUACCGAACCGGAAGAAAACAACAUACCUAACGCGGCUGAACCACCCAAAACCGUGGACAGUCAGCCAACGCAUCCCAAUCGCAUCCUCAAAGGAGGUCUGGGUAAUUUAUUGGCUCAUAGUCAUCAUCACCAUCACCAUCAUCCACAUCAUCAUCAUCACGAUCAUAAUCACGAUCAUGGACACGAUCACCGGGAGCCGGUCGUUACGGAACAAACAGUACCGGAAGUGAAGCCGGCCGAAAUGAAUGUUCAAACGGUUGGUGACACACAUUUGCAUUUCCCGGCACAUGCUGACAUGGCGCACACUUCCACACUUCCUCAGGACGAGGAUGCUGGUAACGUGGGACUAAAUACCAAGCGUUUCGAAAAUAAUCACUUACACAGCGCUCAAGUAGAUGGAUCUCCGCAAGCAUUGGCAGAUAAUGGCAAUGAAGGAAACGGAUAUUGUGACAGUACAGCAGCCAUUGAUUGUCCUCCACCGGCACCAUCACACUUACCACCAUCCGUUAAGCACUCGAACGGCGGGGCAGAUUAUACCCCGAUGGACCAGGAUGUGCGCAACAGCGAGGGAGAAGGAGUUGAGCCGCCACAGCACGACGCCAUAGCGCACGGUGGUGGGGACGAUGUUGAGUUUGAGAGGCAGCAGCUUCCCGUUGGAGAUUACCUUGAAGUGUUUGUGCAGGAAGCGAUCAAGUUGAGCGAUCUUAUCCUCAUGCUAGCGAUCACAUCCUUCACUCUGCUGAUGUUUUCUCUUGGCCACUAUCUGAUCAAUAAGAAUCGGCGGGAGAAACCGCUUAUCUACCAACUCAACAUGAUCGAGCGUGAUCUGAUGACAUCGUACAAAGAGAGCGGGCUGUUGAAAGCUGAGCUGCAGGAAACGAAGCACAAGCUGACGAGCAUUGAAAACAAUUCCUUUGGUUCUAAUGACAUGGUGAUCGCGUUGAAGGCGGAACUCGAAGCUGCCGAGCAAGCGAAACUGGAGCUGCAGGAUCAAAUAGCGGGGCUAGAAAAAGAGCUGGAAAAUGCGGCCGAAGCUGGACUGGAGCUGAACAAGAUGGUAGCGGAGCUGCUGAAUCAAAACGGUAGCGAUUCGAUUGCGCUGAGCGUUGAAGAGCUGCAGCGUCAGUUGAACGAGCAGCAGCAAACCAUUUUAUCGAUGAAUGCGUCUCUGGCCGAAAAGAGUCGCGAAAAUAGUGAACUACAGAUUGCGAUUGCCAGCCAAACGGGUACCUUUAAGGAGCGUUUGGAUGAGUUGGAAAAGGCACGCACGGAACUGACCGAUCAUCGCAAACAGCUCGAAGAACAGGUGGCAAGCUUGCAAUCCGAGCAGAAGACUACAGUGGACAGCAUGCGGCAGGAGCUGGGUGCCGAGAUCGAUCAUUUAACAAAGGACUUGAAGCUCGCCCAGACUAAGGCAGACGAAAGCGGUAAAGCUCUCGCCGCGAUGGAAGCCAAGUGUGAGGCGCUUGAAGAGUGCUUAAAGGAGGUGAAAUCGGAGGGUGGGCACGCCGGAAAAGGAAUGAUCGAUUCGAUUGAGUUGAAAGCGCAAAUAGCUCUGCUGACGAAGGAAAAGGCGAAUAUGCAGGACAAGUUACAGGGUGAAAUUAUUGCGCGGCAGCUGGUAGAGGAUCACAUGAAGAUGGUAAACGAGGAAAUUUCAACGCUGAAACGAGAGUUUGGCAAAGCGGAAAAGGAUAAGCUGGAAGCGGAAACAAGAUUGGAAGUGUUGUCUUCGUACUUCAAGGAUAAGGAAACACAGCUGCAGAAAGAACUAAGCGUGAAGGAAGCGAUGUGGAUGCAGCAACAGGGCGAAACGACCACCACGGUAGAAAAGAUACGCCACAUGCAAGACGAAAUACAGCAGCUGAAAUCGCAAAACGAUAAGCUUCGGGCGGAAAUUGAGGCUCAAGCAACGGCACACAAAGCUCAAUACACUACGCUGGAAACUCGUUCACACGAUGCUUGGCUUACAGCCCGGCAGGCAGAACGGCGACUCGAAGAAGCGCGGAGCGAGUCCAGUGCGCUUCGGCGGAAACUUACGGCACUUGGUGAUAUUUCUGCUUCCAGUGAUGGAAUGGUGAACCUACCGAACGCUUCCAUUACGCAAACCGAUCUCGGCCUAACUGCGCCUUCACCUAUUCGCGUGGAGUCGCCGAAUGCUCCACCACUAUUGGGAGUGCCACUUCCACCACCGUUUUUGCCACCAUUUAUGCCUGGUCCGCCACCUCCAUUUCUGCCACCGUUCAUGCCGCCUCCGCACGGUCCAGGUGAGAUGAGGCCUCCGCCUCUUGGGCGAUUGAUGUCGCCACCACCACCACCACCAAACAAUCGAUACUCUCCCAACCACAUCAUCGACGCGCGAGACCGAUACAGUCCGGAUCGAGGACGCUACUCGCCGGACAGCCGGUACGACUAUUCCGUUAUGUCGACGUACGAAACUGAAAACGAUUUUAGUCCACCGCCCUCACCGCCACACCACUCACGUCAUUCGAACUACGAUCGAGAGCGAGAACGGGACCGGGAUCGAGAUCGGGAUCGGGGCAGCGAUCGUGAACGGCCGCACCGUGAUGGACGUGGCAGCGGCAGUGGAGGCUACUCGCGAGGUUACACCCCUACUGGCAUGCGCACGUCACCCCCUAUUCAGGAUCCGAGGAACAAAAAAUACGCAGGAGGUUUCAGUUCCGGCUCACAGGAUUCGCUCGGAACAAGGAAAAGUUCAGGAAAGUAUAGAACUACCGGAAAGCCACAGAUAUAGAUCACCACUGGAAUGUAAGACCACUCAAGCAACUGUGCAAAAGCUAGGUAAAAUUAACCGACACCGGUAAACGACAUUUGCGAGAAGUUAUUUUAAUCGUUUGUCUUCAGUGUGAAAAUGUAUCAGGAACAGUGCAAUGGAAAGUAACGAAGCAUUAUUACGACUUCUUUUCCUUGUGGAUGCGGGGAAACUUUAGGGAACGAUUGGAAUGAAAGGAGAUGGAAAUAUAAACAUAAAUUUAAAAAAUCUCGA